CUCUGUCUGAUUCACUUGAAAUAUUGAAAGCAGAGCUGCACUAAAGCUGCGGAAAUAUUAGUUAAUACUUUGCAUUUAACAAACAAACAAAUCUCGCCGAGCUCUGGUGAUGUCACAGCUGCGCUCCAAAGUUAUCAGCCUCUACAAGCACUUGCAAUACCUGGGACGUGAGUACCCUGGACCAAAUGGGCCUCAAAAGUUCCGCAAGCAAAUCCAUGACGCAUUCAUAAAUCACAAGGAUGAGAGCGAUCCCAAGAAGAUUGUGGCUCUGUUGGCGCAAGGACGCUACCUAGCCAAAGAAGUUGAGGCACUCUAUUCUUUGAAGAAGUAUCGGACUUUGAAGAAGUAUAGCUACAAUGAAUAGAUAUGCGAGACUACGUUGGCGGUGUUUAAGGUUAUGCGGAUGUUGAAAUUCAAGGACUGUCGAGAAGAGAGAGAGAGGGAUAUGAUAUGCCUUUUGCUUUCAAUAAUAUACACACACGCACACCCAUAAAUAAUGCAUAUUCUUUUGCCAAAGCAAAGCGACGCAACUCCUAACACACCGCACACCCUAUAAAAUGUUUGCACACUCCCAUAUACCCUACACAAAAACUAUUAAUUCAUAAUUUCGAAUGUCUUGUCAAUGUCUAACUUAAAGUUUGUGAUUGAUGCAAAAACCCAACAAAAAACAAAAAAAGCGAAAAACGGACGUAGCGAAUAAAAGAAGCAGUCAUUGAAUAACCAAAAACCAAA